UGCUGUCUGGGAGCUGUCAACCGGGCUGUUGGAGCUUUGUGUAGGGCUCAGCUAACCACAGAUCUCCGUCAUCUGGAGGUGGUGAAAUCUUAUGACAUGUUUUCAACAAGACAGCGAUCAGGAAGCAUGUAGGAUACACGCAGAUUUCACGCGGCUACGAUCCUUUAUUCGCAUACUGCGCAAGUGUCAACGUUUGCCCGAGUGACCGGGCCCAGCAUUUGCUUGAGAUAUUCAGCGCCGAUUCCUGCUCCGUUGUGUGCCGCUAUCACCGAUACACAGCCUUUUAACCGUUUAACGCUCACAUAACCUGGAAACGGUGAUGUGUGCAUGUAACAUUGGCUCUGAGCUGUAGCGGUAUCGUACAGGAGAAUGAAUGCAGAAGAGCUGGAGCUCCUCAGUGACUCCAAGUACAGGAACUAUGUAGCAGCUGUGGACAAGGCUCUGAAGAACUUUGAGUACUCAAGCGAAUGGGCGGACCUCAUCUCUGCACUGGGCAAGCUCAACAAGGUAUUGCAAAACAAUGCCAAGUACCAGGUUGUGCCCAAGAAGCUGACAAUCGGCAAACGUCUGGCCCAAUGCCUGCACCCAGCACUUCCCAGCGGUGUCCACCGCAAGGCUUUGGAGACCUAUGAGAUUAUUUUCAAGAUCAUUGGACCCAAGCGACUGGCAAAGGACCUCUUCCUGUACAGCUCUGGACUCUUUCCUCUGCUCUCCAAUGCUGCCAUGUCAGUGAAGCCAGUACUGUUAGGCCUGUAUGAGACCUACUACCUUCCCUUGGGAAAGACCCUCAAACCAGGCCUGCAGGGCCUUCUGACCGGGGUCCUGCCUGGACUGGAGGAGGGCUCCGAAUACUAUGACAGGACCAACACCCUGCUGGAGAAGGUGGCGGCAGCUGUGGAGCAGUCGGCCUUCUACAGCGCCCUGUGGGGCAGCAUCCUGACCAGCCCGGCGGUGCGUCUGCCGGGCAUCUCCUUUGUCCUGCUCCACCUCAACCGCAAGCUGUCCAUGGAGGACCAACUCUACAUCAUGGGCAGCGAUAUCGAGCUGAUGGUGGAGGCAGUCAGUACGUCUGUCCAGGAUUCCAGUGUGCUGGUCCAGAGGAGCACCUUAGACCUCAUUCUGUUCUGUUUCCCUUUCCAUAUGAGUCAGGCAACCCGUCCGGACAUGAUCCGGAUCCUGUCAGCAGCGCUGCACGUGGUUCUGAGGAGAGACAUGUCACUGAACCGCAGGCUCUACGCCUGGCUGCUGGGCUUUGAUAACAAUGGCGUGAGAACAGGCCCCCGCAGCACUCGGAACAGCAGUCCUGAGGAACACGCAACCUACUACUGCAACACCUUCUCCAAGGACAUGCUGGUGCAGGCGAUGGUGGGGAUCCUACAGGGGAAGGCCCGCGGCGGGGAGGAGGAGAGCGUUCUGAUGCACGACCUCAAGCCCUUCCGCAUCCUCAUCAGCCUGCUGGACAAGCCUGAACUGGGCCCAGCGAUCCUGGAGGAUGUUCUGAUCGAGGUGUUCCGCACGCUGUACACGCAGUGCCGAGCGGAACUGGACCUGCAGAACCAGAGCCCAUUCAACAAGGACCACACCCAGCUGAGCAGCAAACUACGUGAGAAUAAGAAAACUGCCGAGCUGAUCAAAACCGCAAACCUACUUUUCAACUCCUUUGAGCCAUACUACAUGUGGGACUACAUUGCACGCUGGUUUGAGGAGUGCUGCAGGAGGACCCUGACUACUCACCUGCAGGUGGGGGCUUCUAGAAGAUCAGAGCCCUUUGAACUGUCACUGCUGGAAUUCUGCCAACUGGUAGACUUUCUGCUGGACAUCGUGUCCCUGCCCACUAGAAGCAUGAGGGUAAUCUGCCAGGAGACGUACAUCGAGAUCCAGACGGAGCACCUGCCCCAGCUGCUGCUGCGCAUGGUGUCCGCGCUCACCUCUCACCUGCAGGCCCUGCAGCUGGGCGAGCUCACCCACUGCCUCCGCCUCUGCUCCAAGAUCCUCAGCAAAGUGCAGCCCCCGCUCGUGUCCCCCCUCGCCCUGCCACCGGGGGGCGCUUCUGCGUCCAGGGACAAGGAGGAGCGGCGGUCUCUGCCAGCAGCUCUGGAGCCCCCUGGUGGAGAGGGUGUAGAGGACGGGGAGAACGCCCCCAGCAGCCGCUCCUCAGAGAGCGGCUUCACCGAGUUCGUCCAGUACCAGGCCGAGCGGCCAGAGGAGGUGGCGCGCGCCCCGCCCCCCAGCGGCUCCUCCGAGACGGAGGGGUCAGAGGACCCGGCGUCGAGCCCCUCCCCCGGUGAGGGCCCUGCGGGGCGGGGCCGGGGGCGGGUCAGCGCCGGGCCCUCCCAGAACAAAGCCCAGGACAAGCCGGUGAUGCAGUGCUGCCUGGAGCAGUUCCAGCACUUCCUGACCCGCCUGGUCACCCUGCACAUCACCCCCGGGCCGGGGGCCGAGAGGCCUGCCGCGAUGGCGGUGGUGCGGGCAGGGGUGGAGGGAGCGCCACAGAACGACCGCAACGGCCAGCAGGGGGCGCAUCAGAGGGAGUGUCUGGCUGCUUUCACUGCUGCCUGCCAGCUCUUCCUGGAGUGCUCCAGCUUCCCCGUCUACAUCGCAGAGGGUAACCUGAAAUCAUCACCCACGAGGGAGGAGCCUUCAGACAGCGAGCACGUGCAGCCGGCCGCGUGGCUGCAGACGCUGAUGGACGCCUGCUGCGUGGCCGGCGACUUCAGCGUGCAGGCCGUGGCCAUCUCGCUCGUCAUGGACCUGGUGGGGCUCACGCAGUCCGUCGCCAUGGUGGCCGCCGAGAGCGUGGGCAGUCCGGACUCCGCCCAGCCCAUGAGCCCCAGCCAGGGCCGCGUCGCCGUGGUGAUCCGGCCGCCCCUCAACCAGGGCAUCCUGAAGUACGUCGCAGAGAAGACGGACUUCUUCAAGCACGUGGCCCUGAUCCUGUGGGACCAGCUGGGGGAGGGAACGCCCCAGCACCACCAGCGCAGCGUGGAGCUCUUCUACCAGCUGCACAACCUGGUCCCCUCCUCCAGCAUCUGCGAGGACGUCAUCAGCCAGCAGCUCAUGCACUCGGACAAGAGAAUCCGUCUGGAGGCCCACGUGAAGUUCUCGGUUCUCUGGCAUCUGACCAGAGACCUGAACAUCACCAAGUCUUCCCCCUUUAACCGCACUUUUGACAGGUCUCUCUUCAUCAUGUUGGACAGUCUGAGUUACUGGGACGGCUCGGCCAGCGCAGUGGGCAGGGCGUGGCUGAACCAGGUCCUGCAGAGGCACGACAUCGCCCGCGUGCUGGAGCCGCUGCUGCUGCUGCUGCUGCACCCAAAGACCCACCGCGUGUCCAUCCAGCGGGUGCAGGCCCAGCGCUACUGGACCCGAGCGUUCCCCGACCCGUUGGACCCAGAUGCCUCCGGGCCCAUCUACAUGAGGGACAUGGGCUUCUCCGACAAUUUCGUCCAGAUGCCAGAGGAAGGCACGAGGGGGGGCUCGGGGCAUGGGCGUGGCCCGCCCCUCGACGACAUGGAGCCCUUCAGCCUGACGGUGAACCCUCUCAGCGACAGCCUGUCUCUGCUGAGCCUCAGCAGUGAGAACCUGCCGCUUAGCACCGACUACCCCCUGCCCGACCAUCGGGGGGAGCCGCAGAGCUCAGAGUCCGGCGCCUCCCAGUCCUCCACCAUCGACAACGGCAGCUUCGAGGAGCAGGAUGGCCGUCACGCCGCGGACACGCCAGACCCCGCCCUGUCCCUACCCGAGCACCUCGCCGCCACGCCCGCGGAGGAGACCGUGGAGGAAGCGGUGUCAGCGCUGCUGGCUGAACUGGUGGAGAGGGCGGCGAGAAUGGCGGAGGAAGCCCCGCCCCAGACCCCCUCGCCCCCAGAGGCGUGGCCCCAGACCGACUCGGACAGCUCCAACUCCUCGGACACGUCGGCCGGGCCGCCGGACGAGCCGGGCCCCCGCCCCGGCCCCGCGGGCCCCGGCAGGACCCCGGACUACCUGUCGGUGACGCCGGACCAGGAGCCCCGCGAGAGCAUCACGCGCCACAGCUCGUCCCCGUCCAUCGUCACGCUGCCGGACGGCGCGGCCGAGCCGGGCCCGCAGGCCGAGGAGCGCGGCCGCAAGCGCAGUCACAGCAGCACCCAGCUCAGCCUCAAGGGCAAGAUCAUGGAGCGGCUGGCCGACAAGUCGCCCGGCGCCAAGCCCAAGGUGAAGAAGAGCGGCAGGCGCAAGGAGGAGGAGCGGCAGCGCAAGGCGCAGGCCGAGCGUGCCCGCCAGCCUGGCAUCUUCUUCGGCGACAGCCUGGACCUGGAGAACUGGUACAGCUGCGGCGAGGGCGAGGUGUCGGAGAUCGAGAGCGAUGCCGGCUCGCCCAGCGCCCGCCGCUCCGCCUCGCCCGCCCGCUUCAACAUCCACCCGCUCUACCAGCACGUGCUGCUCUACCUGCAGCUGUACGACUCCUCCCGCGCCCUGCACGCCCUCUCCGCCGUGGCCGCCAUGCUGAAGGCCUCGCCCGCCGCCUUCGUCAGCGCCAUCUCCACCACCAGCAUCAACAACACCUACACGCCGCAGCUGUCCCUGCUGCAGAACCUGCUGGCCCGCCACCGCAUCUCCGUCAUGGGCAAGGACUUCUACAGCCUGAUCCCGCAGGACUCGCACUCCCACUCCUUCCGCAGUGCCAUGUUCAUCGAGAUCCUCAUCUCGCUCUGCCUCUACUUCCUGCGCAGCUACUACUCCACGCACGUGGCAGCCACGCCCCAGGACCUGGCGGGGAACCGCAGCAUGCAGCUGACCAGCAUCGAGGUGCUGACCCUCCUCUUCACCGAGCUCUCCAAGGUGACCGAGGGCUCGGCCAAGGGCUUCUCCAGCUUCAUCUGCGACGUGCUCUCCAAGUGCAAGGUGCAGAAGGUGGUGCUCCACUGCCUGCUCUCCACCAUCUUCAGCGCGCAGAAGUGGCACGAGCAGCGCGCCGGCGGCGCCAACCUGGCGGCGGUGGAGGAGGGCCUGUCGGAGGACAGCGUGGUCAACCUGUCGGAGGACCAGCUGGACGGCUGCAGCGCCGUGCAGUCGCAGCUGCUGCGGCUGCUGCAGAGCCUGGUGGUGCUGGAGCGCCGCGUCAUGGCGCCGCCCGAGGAGGGCGGGGAGGCGGGGCCGGGGGCGGGGCUGGAGCUGCUCGGGGAGGUGGAGCACGUCAACCCGCAGCAGCCAAUGACCUCGCUGCAGUACCUGCAGGGCCAGCCCAUCACGGCGCAGGGCAUGUUCCUUUGCGCCGUCAUCCGCGCCCUGCACCAGCACUACACCUGCAAGAUGCACCCGCAGUGGAUCGGCCUCAUCACCGCCACGCUGCCCUACAUGGGCAAGGUGCUGCGCCGCGUGGUGGCCUCCGUCACCCUGCAGCUCUGCCGCAACCUGGACAACCUCAUCCAGCAGUACCGCUACGAGACCGGCCUGUCCGACACCAGGCCCCACUGGAUGGCACUGUGUAUCCCGCCUGACCUGAUUCUCACUGUGCUGGAGGGUGUGACCGCCAUCAUUCACUACUGCCUGCUGGACCAGUCCUCGCAGUACCACCAGCUGCAGGUGAGCGUGGAUCAGAAGCACCUGGCGGAGGCCCGCGCCGGCAUCCUGUCCAUCCUGCACACCAUCAUGUCGUCCGUCACGCUGCUCUGGAGCGUCCUUUACCUGGCCGACAGCUCGGAGCGCCCGGCCGCCGCCUCCGCCUGCUCCACCUCCAACAUCAACCUGGGCUCCACCAAGAACCUCAGACAGCAGAUUUUGGAGCUGCUAGGGCCCAUAUCCAUGAACCACGGAGCUCACUUCAUGGCUGCCAUCGCCUACGUCUGGAACGAGAGGAAACACGCCAAGAGUCCGUCUCGAAACAAGGUGAUACCUGCAGCCAGUGACGAACAGCUCCUCCUGGUGGAGCUGGUCCGUUCGGUCAGCGCCAUGCGGACCGAGACCGUGAUGCAGACCGUCAAGGAGGUUCUGAAACAGCCGCCAGCUAUUGCCAAAGAUAAGAAGCAUCUCUCCCUGGAGGUCUGCAUGCUGCAGUUUUUCUACGCCUACGUACAGAGGAUCCCUGUCUCCAGUCUGGUGGACAGCUGGCCCUCCCUCCUCGCUCUGCUCAAGGACUCUGUGCAGCUGGGGCUGCCCUCCCCAGGCCAGUUCCUGAUAUUGGGGAUUCUCAAUGAGUUCAUCUUGAAGAACCCAAACCUGGAGAACAAGAAGGACCAGCGUGAGCUACAGGACGUGACUCACAAGAUCGUGGAGGCGAUCGGGACCAUCGCCGGCUCCUCGCUGGAGCAGACCACCUGGCUGCGGAGGAACCUGGAAGUGAAGCCGUCCCCGCAGAUCGUGGUGGACGGGGCCAGCCUGGAGGCCGACGUGGAGGACCUGAUGCUGACCGUGACGGAGGCGUCCAGCUUCACUCCGUCUGUGUACAGCGUCCACGCCCUCACUCUGCUGGCUGAGGUGCUGGCCCAUUUGCUGGACAUGGUGUUCUAUAGCGAUGAGAAGGAGAGAGUGAUCCCCCUGCUGGUCAACAUCAUGCACUACGUGGUGCCCUACCUCCGCAACCACAGUGCCCACAAUGCCCCCAGUUACCGGGCGUGUAUCCAGCUCUUGAGCAGCCUCAGCGGGUACCAGUACACCCGGCGUGCCUGGAAGAAGGAGGCCUUCGACCUCUUCAUGGACCACACCUUCUUCCAGAUGGACGCCUCCUGCGUCAGCCACUGGCGGGCCAUUAUUGACCACUUGAUGACCCACGAUAAGACCACAUUCAGAGAUCUGAUGACGCGUGUGGCUGUAGCUCAGAGCAGCUCUCUGAACCUGUUCACGAACCGCGACGCUGAGCUUGAGCAGAGGGCCAUGCUGCUGAAACGCCUGGCCUUCACCAUCUACAGCAGCGAGGUGGACCAGUACCAGAAGUACCUGCCCGACAUCCAGGAGCGGCUGGUGGAGAGCCUGCGUCUGCCCCAGGUGCCCAUCCUCCACGCUCAGGUGUUUCUGUUCUUCAGGGUCCUGCUGCUCCGCAUGUCGCCCCAGCACCUCACCUCACUGUGGCCCACCAUGAUCACGGAGCUGGUACAGGUGUUUUUACUCAUGGAGCAGGAACUCAUCGCAGAUGAGGACAUCACCAGGACCUCGGGACCGUCUGUGGCCGGGCUGGAGACCACAUACUCCGGAGGAAACGGCUUCUCCACGUCCUACAACAGCCAGCGCUGGCUCAACCUAUACCUGUCGGCCUGCAAGCUGCUGGACCUGGCCCUGGCCCUGCCCUCCGAGAGCCUGCCGCAGUUCCAGAUGUAUCGCUGGGCCUUUAUCCCGGAGGCGUCGGACGAUUCGGGGCUGGAGGUGCGCAGGCAGGGGACCCACCAGCGAGAGUUCAAGCCCUACGUGGUUCGACUGGCUAAGCUGCUUAGGAAACGAGCCAAGAAGAACCCCGAGGAGGACAUCUCCGGGCGGACGCUGACCUGGGAGCCGGGUCACCUGCUCCUGACCCUGUACGUGAUCCGCAGCAUGGAGCAGCUGCUGCCCUUCUUCAACCUGCUCAGCCAGGUGUUCAACAGCAAGGUGAGCAGCCGCUCCGGCCCCGCCCACAGCCCCACCCCCAGCGCGCCCUUCCCCGCGAAGGACGGCAAGCUGGAGAGCCAAAAAGUGUUCUGGAGCCGCGCCCGGCAGAACAUCGAGGAGAUGGUGGAAAAGGACUUCUUGGAGGGCCUCAUCAAGACAUGAUGUGCUUGAGGAACUCCCUCCCCGAAAAAGAACUCCACACAGCAACACCACCUCAGAAAAAAAGAGGAAACAAAAACAAUUUGUAUAUUUUGUUUUUUGUAUUUAUAAUGACUGUACUGUACUUUUCAAAGGCUAUAUUAUUUAAUUUAAAUGAAUUUUACUUGUAUAUAUGCGGCAGCUGUGAUGACUAAAACUCUCCUUCUGUUUGAGUCUGG